CAGUCUCUGCACGACCGCGGCACGGACAGUGUCGGCCCGUUGAGAUGUGAACGUAUAACCUCCAAUUCUGUCUACGACGACAGCUACUGUUACGUGUGCACGAUAGUUUCAGUUACUUUCGACACCCCUACCGGUUCAUUAACUUUAUUUUGUCUUUCUACGGCUAUUGUUGCGUAUGCUACGCCGGAUACACAUCUGGAGAUCUCUUCUGUGGCGACAUUGAUGGAGUUCCGCUUGGACAGCGCGGAGUACUGCCAGGCUCAACACAAAUAAACUAGAGGGCGUUACGUGCGAGAGGGGGCAAAAGCGUGCCACCGCUGGACUCAUGCUGCCGGGAGCGCGCGCUGAAACUACGCACCCUGCGCACUAUUCGACGUACACCCACCCACAGUUACCUUAAAUUUGGAACCCACUGUUAAUUGGAGCAUAUCAUACUGUAACCGAAGUACGAGUGAGACCUACAAACUUAUGUUAAACGCUUAAUUUCAUUCCCAAUUCUGUACUUUUGUUUGGCCGUUUUCGAAUGUGCUCAAGUGGUUGAAGGCGUUAUCAAUGCGGGUGGCUCCCAUUAUAUAAUUGGACCCUUUCUAAACCAAACUAAGGAAACUGCCGUGUGUUGUGUGGAAAUAGAGUGACAGUUUGCCUGUUAGACUCUGACGGACCGUGACACCUUUCUCUGACGCGUGUGAAGUGUUGUAACACCUUGUGCUACGCCGUUUUCGAGACGCCGCCAAUUGUCGAUACUUGGAGGGAAGAGUACGAGGUCAUCAUGAAGCAAAAAGACAUCAGACCUGCGCCGUCGCUCAUUGAGUACAAGAGCAUGCGCUUCUUGAUCACCGAUCGCCCUUCGGACGUCACCAUUCAGACCUAUCUCCAGGAACUGAAGAAGCAUAAUGUAUGCAUAGUAGUGCGUGUGUGCGAGCCCAGCUACGACACCGCACCUCUGAAGGCGGAGGGGAUAGAAGUUCGCGAUCUCGCGUACGAUGAUGGCACUUUCCCACCUGUCAAUGUCGUCGAUGACUGGUUCGAGAUACUGCGCGAAAAAGCUCAAAAUAAACCAGAAGCAGCAGUCGCUGUUCACUGUGUGGCGGGCUUGGGGCGCGCACCAGUCAUGGUGGCCAUCGCACUCAUAGAACUCGGGAUGAAGUAUGAAGAAGCCGUCGAAACUAUUAGGGAUCAGCGACGUGGGGCUAUUAAUGCGAAGCAGCUCUCUUAUCUGGAAAAGUAUCGACCAAAAUCGCGUCUUAAGAAGAAUGGCAACAAGAACAACUGCUGCGUGCAGUAGGUAGUAGGCUCGGGUCGCCGACGCCCACCUAGCCGCGUCUGUAGGAAACCGUCCUGCGCCCGUAACAGCGAAUCUAACUCUGCUUUCACACACACACUUAGACAAGGGAGCAUAGACAAAAAUAAAAUUAGUUCUUAACAUAGAUGUCGCCUGUUUUUGACGACCAUUUUAUUUUAUUAUCAUUAUCUUUUGAGGGGGAGUUGUAACCGAAUUCUGCCUUAAAAUUUGCACGUGGAAAAUUACACACAUUCCUACUUAGUUACCCGCGAACUGACAGAGAAUUUGGUUAUGAUCUCAGUACCUCUAUUUUAUGUCUUUGACAUGUUUAUCUUGAAUUUUCUAUGAAAUAUAAUUGAGAGCCUUAUUGUAAGCUAAUGUUUGUAUGGUCAAGUAAAUGUGUAACCCGCGCCUUGUGCUCUACUGUGUAUUAGUGGAAUAUGUUAAAUAGAAGCAAACCACGAUUUGUGUUCAUAGUUGAAACAGUUACUCGGGUAUUAAAUUUAUAUAUUUAAUAUCAUAAUAAAUUACAAUAUCCAUAAUAAAAAUGCAGUCAAUGUGUGCUCUUCGAUAAUAUUUUUUUGUGUGAUUAAGUCAUGAUAAUUUUCUAUUACAUAUUAUUUCCUUCGUAGCUACAUUUAUUUUUUUAAUAAAUUGAGACAUAAUAUGAUUUUUACUCUGAAAUAUGUUAAGUAUAUAAUGUUGUAAAAAUGCUUUUGUAAAAGAUGUUGUGAGAAAAUAGACACAAUUAAUGCAAUUAACGAAAUAAAAUAGUAUUCCAGAAUAAUUCAAACUUUGACGAUACGGUUCAAGAUAUUCUGAUAACAAGAUUACCAUACUUGAAACUUGACAUCGUUGAUGAAAUAACUCUUUGAUAUUAUUUUUCUAUUUCUAAUUUUAUGAAAUAUUUAAUGAAAAAUAUAUGAUCGUGUAAUUACGGAACAGUCACAUUCAUGAAUAAAAAUAUUUAUAAUCAA